AUGGAUGGUUCUAAGUUAAGCUUAGCAUCUUUGAAAGACAAGAUUUCUAGCAAAAUGAAUUUGCUGAAUAAAAGCAACGAAAAACCUAAGAAGAAGGGAAAUAAGAAACCAGACCAAAAGGAAUCAGCCAAACCUAAAGAGAACAAGAGGCCAGAACACAAGGAACAUAAGCCAAAGGAGACGAAACCAAUCUCAAAGGACCAAAACAAGCCAAAGCAGAACACUAAUGAUGAGGAAAAGACAGAAGAAGAGCUCUUGAGAGAGGAAGCAUUUGCUCUUGGGGCUACUGAAGAAGACUUAGCAUUGUUGAAAGGUAUUGAAGAGGGUGAAGAUAGCGAACAAGAAUUCGAUGGGGAUUCUAAAAGUAUCGAUAAAACGUUUUCUACCGAUUUGUCCCAAUUCAUGAAAGGAAUAGGCUUAGGUAAGGGAGAGGCUGUUGUCGUUGAUGACGUUGAAGAUGUUCCAGAAUUAGUGGAUGAAGAGGAAGAGGAAGAGGAAGAUGAUCAAGAAGAACAAGAAGAAGAGGAGGAGGAGGACGAGAAAGAGGAAGAAUCAAGUGAAAGUUCUUCCGACGAGUCUGAAUCUGAAAUUCAAGAAAAAGAAAUGAACAAAAAGGAACUUGCAAAUAAGUCGAAAGAAAGCGCAAAAGAUAAAUCAAGAAAAGAUCAAGAUAAGAUCACUGACUUUUCAUCAGUAAACAGCACCAAUUUGACUGUCCCAAAUAGAACUGACUGGUACAACACCCCAUUGGAAAGAAUCGACGAACCAGAAAAAUUGGACAGAUUUGGUAUUGAAAGAUGUUACGAAAGGGCUAAGACUGUUAUUGAAAAAGACAAUAAGACCUACUUAGAAGAAUUCACAUCGAAUAACUCCCAGAAAAAGUUCUUGUCGCAAAUUUUGGCAGACGGUACGUUAAAUGAUAAAAUUUCAGCUUUAACAUUAUUGAUUCAGGAAGCCCCAUUGCAUAAUAUGAAAGCUUUUGAUACGUUAUUGGGUUACUGUAGUAAGAAAUCACGUACAGCUGCAUUGCAAUCGAUCAAUGCCUUGAAGGAUUUAUUAUUGAAUGGUGUCUUGCCUGAUAGAAAAUUAGUUGCAUUUAACAAGCAACCUUUAACUAGGAAUUUAUCAGAUGUCCAAUUGGCAAUUUAUUAUUUUGAAGACUAUUUAAAGAAAUCUUAUUUCAAAUUAAUUUCGACUUUAGAGGUUUUGUCUCAUGAUCCAAUUAUACAUGUGAGAAUGAAUGUCGUAAGCCAUUUAUUUGACUUAAUUAAAGCAAAGCCGGAACAAGAAGCUAAUUUGUUGAGAUUAGGUGUUAAUAAACUAGGUGAUAUUGACAAUAAGGUUUCCUCGAAAACCUCGUACCAAAUCUUACAAUUAGAGCAGACCCAUCCAGCUAUGAAAAAGGUUAUUACUGAUUCUGUUGUUGAUAUAAUUUUUAAAAGUAACAGUGAUUACCACGCUCAAUAUUACUCUAUUGUCACUCUUAAUCAAACGAUUUUAACUAGACGUGAAGAUGAUUUAGCUAAUACUUUAAUUAAGACCUAUUUCGCUUUAUUCGAGAAAAUCUUAGUUGAAACUGAUCAUAAUAAUGCUGAGACUAAUAAAGAUGAUAAAGCACUUGGUAAAUCCGAAAAAGGUAGAAAGAAUAACCGUAAAAACUUCAAAAAAGGUAAGAAAGGUGGUAAAUCAGUAAAGAAUCAAGAAAAGUCUGAAAACGAAAUAAUUGAAGAUAAAAAUACAAGAUUAUUCUCAGCUUUGUUGACUGGUUUAAACCGUGCAUUUCCAUUUUCAAACUUACCAAAUGAGACAUAUCAAAAGCAUUUAGAUACUUUAUUCAAGAUUACCCAUUCUUCAAAUUUCAAUACGUCAAUUCAAGCAUUAGUCUUGGUUAACCACAUUAUUACUAGUCAAAAGUUGGAUUCGGAUAGAUACUACCGUACAUUAUAUGAAUCUUUAUUGGAUCCACGUUUAGUCACGACGUCGAAGCAAGGUAUUUACUUGAACUUGUUAUAUAAAUCAUUGAAGAACGAUACUGAAAAUAUUCCAAGAGUCUUAGCAUUCGUGAAGAGAAUUUUACAGAUAAGUUCACAUUGGUUACACGUUGGUGCUAUUACUGGUAUGUUAUUUUUGUUGAUGCAAUUAUCUAAAACGUAUCCACAAAUACAAGAUCUAUCCAUUGAUAUUGCAUCGAGACCAGAUGAAGAAGAUACCGAAAAUGACGUGGCCAACACUAAAGACUCUGUUUACGAUAGUCGUAAACGUGAUCCUAAAUUUGCAAAUGCUGAUAAAUCUUCAUUGUGGGAAAUAGGUCAAUUUUUAACUCAUUAUCAUCCAACUGUUGCCAUCUAUGCUGCAUCCCUCUUGGACGGAAACGACCAACCAAAGCCAGAUUUAGGUUUAUUCACAUUGUCCCAUUUCUUGGACAGAUUCGUCUACAGAAAUUCAAAGCUGAAGCCAAUGACUAAAGGUUCGUCUAUUAUGCAACCUUUGGGUGGUGCACAUACUGGUUCAUUGUUGGUUAAGGCCACCAAUGUUGCAAACACCGAUAUUCCAGCAAACACUGAAAAUUGGUUGAACAAAAAGGUGGAGAACAUCCAACCCGACGAGAAGUUCUUCCACCAGUACUUUACUACCAAAAUCAGUAAGUUGAAAAAUAAAGAAUCCAAGAAGCAAGCAGAAGAUGAAGUUGAAAACGAAGAGGAAGCAGAGGCAAUGCAAGACGAUGAAAUCUGGAAAGCCUUGGUCAAGUCUAGACCAGAAGUUGAAGAUGCCUCCGACGAAGAUGACUUUUCUGAUUUCGAUGCCGAUGACUUCUCCGACAUGAGUGACGCAGAAACAGCCGAAGUUGAAGGCGAAGAUAACGCUCCUGAAGAUGAAGAGGAAGAAAUAGAAGAACUUCCUCAAACGGCUGCAGCUGAUGAAUCCGACGAAGAAGAAGAAAGCGAAAUGUUUGCCAUAAAUGGCGAGGACGAAUACGACAGUGAUGAAGCACCCAAGAUGUUGGGCGAAGACAAUUUGUCGUCCGCAGAAUCAGAACCAGAAGCAGACCAAGACUCCAAGAAGCGUAAAGCCUCCGACGAGAAUAGUGCCAAAUCCAAGAGAUCCAAACUUAAAAGUUUACCUAUUUUCGCCUCGGCCGACGACUACUCUCAAUAUUUGGACUCUGAAGAUGAAGAUUACUCUUGA